AUGACAACUCAGCCCGGAGAAACAUCGCGUGAAUCCUCACUGUUCCUUACUUUUGAAGACUUGGGGCCUGUUGAUGCCUCCUCCGCCGAAGACUACUGUUCUGAAAGAUCCUCCGCUGAAGGGUCUGGCGACGGUCCGAAAGGACGACGAAGAUCGCCACAAGUCAUAGUUUUAUUAACGGAUGCGGCAGUCUUGGUUUUGAGCCUAGGUCACCUUGCGCUUACCAUUGUUCUCAUGUGUUACAAUGGUCGCCCUGUUGACGCGAGCUACAAUACUCUUCAAUCCAUUCUGACCACUAUCGGACCAAUAUUCCCCAUGGUGUUUGCUUUCAUCGUUAGUCGGUUUUUGUAUCAUGCCGCUCGCUACCGACUGGAGAAUGGCGCUUCACUUGGGGCACUUGAACAGUUAAUGGGAAGUCGAACGGUUGGCUCCGCAGUAGCAACACAUUUUGAACUCCGUGCGUUUAAUAUGCUUGGCGUUUUGAUACUCUUUAUUUGGGUAUUUUCUCCGCUUGGGGGACAAUCCUUCCUCCGUGUUCUCGACAUAGCUUAUCCACCAACCAACACAUCUUUGUUCUACAUGAACACACUGAAGACGCGCCUUGCUUUCCACGAUGAUAUUUUUAAAGAUUCGUCCUACGCGUCUGCCUUUCAUUUAAGUGAUUCUGGCCGACCUGGACCGAGAGAUCUAUGGGGUAACAUCAAGAUUCCACUCUUAGAUGUUGAUAACAAGUCUGAUGUCUGGCAUGAAAUCGACCAUGAUACGGCGCACUAUUCAGCAUUCAUUGGAUUGCCCAUACGUAACGUAUCAGUUGGGAAUAGCACGUUUUAUCUUGAGUCAAAUUACUUACAACUGAAUUGUGAUCCCAUCACGAGCCACAUACUGGACAAGAACAAGAGCACAGACUCGUUUUCGGAAGUCGAAACCCCCAUUAGCGAACUAGAACUAGAAUUUGCUAAAAGCAUACCUAGUGUCUUUGGUGAGAAUCGAACCUACCCAUUCGUGAAUGGUUCUUGGUACGGGUUUCAACACGCUCGAUCUCAGCGUGUGUGGUGGAAUAUUGCGAUUAAUCGGUUCGUUGACAAGUGUUGGUCCAUUGCAUUCAGAAUGAGACAUUUUUCGAACAAAAACAAGUACGAUCUCUACAAUCUCCCUAGCAUGGGUGUUUUCGAAAACGAAACCGCAAUUGAGGCCGGCCCGACUUAUCUGCUGUUCCAGGCAAGACGAAACCUCACCCGUUUUAAUUAUGCUACUCAAAGUGUUCAGGUCGUAUCUAUUGAGGUUCAGAAGGCAAAAUGCCUGGUUCUUCAGAAAUACGUGGAAUCCCGCGUCGCCUGCUCCCGAGCGAGCCAUGAGUCCCUGACAGACUGCAUAGUGAAGUCACAACGCCCAUCACAGAAGCCGCACCCGUCAGAGAACCUUUCUGACCUCUCACACCCAUAUGUGUUUGCGCAUUUGUCAAACAAUCUUCCAACCGCAAUUUCGGCCAACCAGACGGCUUUUUACACCGAGCCGAAGAUUGGUCAACCGGACUUUCUCCCUGGACCUAUGGUCAAGGACUCCACCAAUAUCUCAGCGUCACAGUUGAGCCGCGGGCUGACCCAGGUAAUCAACUCUUACAUGUUGGUGGAUCAGACAUGGCUGAAUCUGCUACCAAAGAAAUUAAGCACGACUCCCCUGCGUGACCUUAAAAUGGGAGAGACUAGCAAGGAUUGGAGCCUCGUGUCAGCCGAGACAACUCAUCUUACUAGGGUAUACCGUGUUUCCUGGCCCUGGAUGGCUGCUUGUUUUGCUUCGUGUGGGGUUUUGGCUACGUGCGGAAUCAUGGGAAUCAUUUUGGUACAUCGUGGUAACAGCCCAGAAGUACUAGGGUUUGUAUCUGCCAUUGUAAGGGACUCACGAUAUAUCAAGAUUCCUACCGAUGUUGAUCAUAUGAAUGGGGAAGAUCUCUCAAGGAUGCUGAAGAGUGAGCGACUGAGGUAUGGAUACACAAGUUUUGGAACUGGGGGCACGCCACAGAUGGGGAUUGGCCGUGAAAUAGAAAUAAGAAAGGUCGACGGGUAA